AUGGGGGAUGUCAUUACAAGGACUGAACAUGUUCCAUCAUGCGACGAAUUAAAACAUGACUGCUCCUCCGAGAAUACGUAUGUCCGGGACGCCUCAUUGAAUUCUACUGGUGCAGUAUUCGACUCAAUAUUAAAAGAUGGCGUUAUCAAGAUCCAGAUACCGUCAGGAGAUACCUAUUGGGCCCACAAAACAGCUCUCGAACGGCAUAGUGAGUAUUUUAGUUGUCUUAGUUCGUCCAAACUGGUGGAAUCGCAGACCGGAACUGUAGAACUGGACGACCCGGAGGUGGAUAUACCUGAUGCAGUUGGGGCAUUUCUCGAAUAUUGCUAUGUUGGAGAUUACUCCGAGAAGGAUAGCAUCCCCAAAAACUUCCAACUGCAUGCCCAAGUUUACGUCUUUGCGGAGCGGACUCGAUGCCAACGCUUGAAAGCGAUGGCAUUAAGAAAGGCAACUUCAAUCUGUCAAAAACCCUUCCCCACCUCGUCUGGAGACGCAGAUAAGCUACUUGAAAUUUUUGAUCAGGUCAUUACUUUGGUGUAUAACCAUACUUCGGACCGUAGUGCUGCUGUGGUUUUCGGGAUCGAGAAUCUGAAGCCAGUGCCAUCCGCUCCCGGGCCCAACCCCCGAAUGGGAGAGAUGAUUCCGAGCUCCCUUUUUGGUCAAGUGCAAUGGCAACAUGCUACGGUAACGGCUUCAAGCACAAAAGAGUCUGUUCCAAAGGUGCCAAAAAGUUCCGCGGGAGAUGAUAUUGUUCGAGAUGGGUUUAGAAUGCUUUUGGCAGCAUAUUCUGCGACCCAUUUGGAAAAAUUUCGAGCAUCUCCGUCCUUCAUGAGAUUACACCGUUCAUUACCCGACUUUAGUUCCGACUUGAUUUUAUUCGUGCGACCUGGGGGGGAUAUCAGUACUGAUGAGAACGGGAUCCUAAGGAUUAAGUUUCGAAUGGUUGAAUUCCCACUCGAAGAGACUUAG